GGGCUUUUGAGUAGAACAAAGGAAAUUUCUCUUGAAAUCUAUGAAGACAGGGGAGAGAGCCCUUUAACGCAUAUUGAAAAAUUUGCAACAAAGACACAUAAAAACGAAAUCACAUUGAUAAGCCAAACCAACGCCGACUCCUCUUUCUAUCUCUCUCUUCUCAUAUGGAUUGUGUCUGUCACCAGCCCCCUUUGUUUUUCUCACUCGAAAGGAUUAUUUGAGAAACCAAAAGGAAACAGAGGAUAAUUUAUUUAGAAUUAGAAUGGUAUUUGGGGAGUAAUUAUUAUUAAAUAUUAUCCCCCCUCUCUCUCUGUCUGGCUUCUUUCUUUUCUGUGCUCUGACCCAGUUAGAGAGAGAGAGAGAGAAAGAGAGAGAGGGGAGUUUCGUCGAACAGAUCCCUAUUCAUUUCAGGGUCUGGGAAUUUCGAUUGUUUCGUUUUCUUUCUUCUCUUUGUGUAAGACCCAAUUUCCCUUAUUUGAUUUUGGUGUUUGAUUUUGGUUUUUCUUCUCCCAACCUGUCGUUUUCGAGUGGUAUUUCACUGUUCAAUUGUUUUCCGUUGCUCUGUUCUUGGCCGAAUUUGAGGAAAAGAGGGUUUUAUGUGAAUUUGAGGAGUUGGGGUUCUACUGUGAAUGUAAACUUCGAAUUGGCAUUAAGGGGUUGGAGUUUUAUGAAGUGAAAUUCGUUUAUCAUCCAGACAAAAUGAUAAUCAAACGCAAUCUGAAAUCCCAAAUGCCGAAUCUGAAACGGUGCAAACUUGGCGACUCGGUUGGUGAAGACGAUGAGAGCUCGGCGGCGAGGAAGAAGAGAAAGCUAAACGGUUAUUACCCACUUAAUCUUCUUGGCGAGGUUGCGGCUGGAAUAAUCCCUUUGAAGCUUCACGACAUUCUCGGCACAAACAACAAAGGGAUUACAGCCUCGUGGUGUACACAGAUAUCUUGUUCCGCCAUGGAAAUGGAGUCGAAGUCGAAUAGCCGGGAAUCAUUAGCAAGAGAAGCUACGAAAAGGCCGCCCGAGGUCCCACGACCGCCGCUUGUAAGAACUUCGAGAGGACGGGUUCAGGUACUUCCUUCUCGGUUUAACGAUUCUGUUAUUGAGAAUUGGAAGAAAGACGGCAAGACUAGCUUGCGCGAUUACAGUUUCGAUGAGGAAUUCAAAUGUAAGAAGGAGAAAUUCAGUUUCAAGACUCCUAGAAUUUGUAAUGGGACUGCCAAGAAAGUACAGAAUUGUGAUAAAUUGGGUUUCAAGUUUGUCAAGUGUCCGGCAUUGUGUGAAGAGGAGGAAGAUGAACCGGCGGGUAUGGAGUUCAAGAAUUUCGACUUCAGGAAACAUUCGAGUUCUCGCAGUUCAUUAACCUCGGUACACGAGACUGUUGUUGAAGAUGAGAAGUUCCCAGUUGAUGUAAUUGGUGAAGAUGGAAUCCCAAAGGAAACUAAACCAAAGGAUGGUUUAUAUGGACCUGAAGACUUCUAUUCAGGUGAUAUUGUAUGGGCAAAGGCAGGGAGGAAAGAACCUUUUUGGCCUGCCAUUGUCAUUGAUCCCAUAACUCAGGCACCCGAAUUAGUUUUAAGAGCUUGUGUUCCAGAUGCAGCUUGCAUUAUGUUCUUUGGAGGGAAUGAAAAUCAAAGGGAUUAUGCAUGGGUGAGGCGGGGGAUGAUCUUUCCAUUUAUGGAUUUUGUAGACAGGUUCCAAGGACAGCCAGAAUUGGAUAGAUGCAAAUCCAACGAGUUCCAGAUUGCAAUAGAGGAAGCAUUUUUGGCAGAACGUGGGUUCACAGAGAAAUUGAUUGCAGAUAUUAAUAUGGCAGCAGGAAAUACGAUUGCUGAUGAAUUUCUUUUUCGAGGGACUCAGGAAGCUACUGGUUCUAACCAGGAUCCUGACUGCCAUUCUCCUCCUAAACGGACUAGUUGCAUUAUGGAAAUGUAUGCGAAGAAGAAAGAUGGACGGCAUUGUGAGGGAUGUGGCCAAACACUUCCUCUAAAAUUGGUGAAGAAAAUGAGAGCUUCACCUCUUGGAACCCAGUUUUUAUGUAAAUCAUGCACAAGGUUAACCAAUUCAAAGCAUUAUUGUGGCAUAUGCAAAAAGAUUUGGAAUCAUUCAGAUAGUGGUAGUUGGGUUCGUUGUGAUGGUUGUAAAGUAUGGGUGCAUGCAGAGUGUGACAAAAUUUCAAGCAACCUGUUCAAGGAUCUGGGAAGUACUGAUUAUUUCUGCCCUACGUGCAAAGCAAAGUUUGAUUUUGAACUAUCAGACUCAGAAAAAUCGCGGCCGAAAAUCAAAGGGAAGACAAGUAAUGAUGGAAUGAUUCGUGCAAAUAAAGUUACUGUGCUCUGCAAUGGUGUGGAAGGCAUUUAUUUUCCAAGCCUUCACCUAGUUGUGUGCAAGUGUGGUUCUUGUGGUACAGAAAAACAAGCACUUAGUGAGUGGGAACGGCAUACUGGAUCUAAGUCAAGGAAUUGGAAGACCAGUGUGAGGGUUAAAGGUUCCAUGCUAUCCCUAGAACAAUGGAUGCUGCAAGUAGCUGAGUACCAUGCAAGUGUCGUUUCUGUCAAGCACCCUAAACGGCCUUCCAUGAAAGAACGGAGGCAAAAGUUGCUCGCGUUUCUGCAGGAGAAAUAUGAACCUGUUUAUGCAAAGUGGACAACAGAGAGAUGUGCUGUUUGUAGAUGGGUUGAAGAUUGGGACUACAAUAAGAUUAUUAUCUGCAACAGAUGUCAGAUAGCAGUUCAUCAAGAAUGCUAUGGAGCUAGAAAUGUUCGGGAUUUAACAUCUUGGGUCUGUAAAGUUUGUGAAACUCCUGAUGUUAAGCGGGAAUGUUGCCUCUGUCCAGUAAAAGGUGGUGCCUUGAAGCCCACCGAUGUUGACACACUAUGGGUCCAUGUUACCUGUGCUUGGUUCAGACCCGAAGUCUCUUUCGCCAGUGAUGAGAAAAUGGAGCCUGCUCUUGGUAUCUUGAGCAUUCCGUCAAAUUCUUUUGUAAAGAUUUGUGUAAUCUGUAAACAAAUUCACGGUUCAUGCAUGCAAUGCUGCAAGUGCUCUACUUACUACCAUGCUAUGUGUGCAUCAAGAGCAGGCUAUUGCAUGGAGUUGCACUGCCUGGAGAAGAAUGGUAGACAAAUUACCAAAAUGGUAUCUUAUUGUGCUUAUCAUAGGGCUCCCAAUCCAGAUACUGUUCUUAUCAUACAAACUCCUCUUGGGGUAUUUUCUACGAAAAGCCUUCUUCAGAAUAAGAAGAGAGCUGGUUCAAGGUUAAUUUCAUCUAACAGAAAGGAAAUAGAAGAAGUAUCUGAAGCUUCUGAACUUGAGCCAUUUUCUGCUGCAAGGUGUCAGGUUUAUAAAAGAUCAACUAGCGUGAAGAAGAGGACGGUUGAGGAAGCGGUUAUUCACAAAGUGAUGGGGCCAUGCCAUCAUCCUUCACAAGAAUUACGAAGUCUUAAUACAUUCAGCUUACCAAUGGUAGAGGAACCAAAGAUCUUUUCCUCAUUUCGGGAUCGAUUGCACCAUUUACAGAGAACAGAGAACGAUCGGGUAUGCUUUGGUAGAUCUGGUAUACAUGGAUGGGGGCUUUUUGCACGUAGAAACAUUCAAGAAGGAGAAAUGGUUCUUGAAUAUCGCGGUGAACAAGUUAGGCGUACUGUUGCUGAUCUAAGGGAGGCGCGGUACAGAUUGGCAGGCAAAGACUGUUAUCUUUUUAAGAUCAGUGAAGAAGUAGUUGUCGAUGCCACCGACAAAGGAAAUAUAGCACGCUUGAUCAACCAUUCAUGUAUGCCAAACUGCUAUGCAAGGAUCAUGAGUGUGGGCGACGACGAAAGUCGGAUUGUACUCAUUGCCAAGGCUAAUGUCCCUGCUGGCGAAGAGCUAACGUAUGAUUAUUUGUUCGAUCCGGACGAACCCGAUGAGUUCAAAGUCCCGUGUUUAUGUAAAGCUCCAAACUGUCGGAAGUUCAUGAAUUAGGACAAUAGGAUACCUUAACACACAUCACAGUCAUUGUUUUCCCUCAAAGAUGCUAACCCAUUCUCCUCAUCUGUGGGAUCUCUCACCUUAUACUGAAUUUGCAUUGCUUGCAGCCAACAGGAAAAAGGAAAGUUCUUCAGUUUUUUUUUUUUUUUCUUUUUCUUUUUUCUACACCCCCUUUCCCUUUUCUAUUUUAUUUUAUUUCAAAAACCUUAAACCUUAAUAAAGGCUAGGCUACAUAUUGAUUAGCUGGGGUUCUGGUUUAGGGCAUUGAUGUAAAUUUUUUUGACUCAUUAUCCAUCUUAAUAGUUAGUUGAAUGUUUGACCCAGGGUGU